AUGCAUUCGGUGCUUUCACUCGAAUUUAUUACUCCCCCUUUGCUUAACUCUUUUUAUGGCGGUCGUUCGUGUUCUCAUCGUUUGAAACGUCGUCUUCAUAAAGGAGAUCGUCGUGCUAUAUCUGUUUAUUCCGAGAUCGAUCGACAAUCGAAAACCGCCUUAAGACAUACGGGACUGGUUGGAUUCAUUUCUGCGCCUGAGAAGUUUGGUCUAGCCAGAUCUAAUCAGCCGGAGAAGGUCUCUUGCAACACUUUCGCUUUUGAAGCUUCAACAGUGCAGCCAGUUAUUUCAAAAUCCCCGAUUCUUUUGCAAAUGGACAUUUGCUCCGACACUGAUUUGUCAGUUGCUGAUAAUGCCAACGAUCUUCAUGAUCUGCAAAAGGAUCCACUCGAACCCACUCAUAGAGUCCUUAAACCCCUUUCUGUGGAUGAACUAAGCAUUAAUGUCACCGAGUUUCUCACCAUUCAAGAUGACACAAAUGAAGAUUCAAACUCCUCACCACCCCAUAAACCUAAAGACACAACAACAACUCAACCUCUUGAAAAUUGUCUCAGCAGGUCUGCAACAUUUCCUUGUCCAGAGUCCAUCACCUUACACGAUGACAACAUCAAAUCUUUGGAUCAAUCUGGCUUUCGUUCCAUAUCUUUGCCUACCCAUUUGAAGGCUGUAUCUGCCAUGAAAGGUAGCCGUGAGAAACGUGGAGUGGCUCCACCAGUGAAGCUGAGGGUAAAAUGGGCACCAGAUGUCUACGAUCCAAUUCCCACUUCAGUAUCACAUGUUGUAACAAGCAACAGGUCAUCAAGGCAUAGUAGCAAGAAGAAUUCAAGAAACAAGCAAAAGAAUGGAAGCAAAUCAUCAUCACGUGGAAGUAAAGGUAAAGAGAAGAAGCAUGUAAGAAAACGUGGUGGAAACUCUUCAAGCACAGGGUACAAGUUGCAUGAGCAUGAAGAAGAAGACGAGGAUGGGGUUGUUUUUCAUGAUCAGUUCUGUGGAAGCAGCUUUCUCAAGGGUUAUGGAACCAACUUGCACCUUUCAUCUGUUGCAGAAGCUACUUAAGCUUUUUGUGAUCAUGAUGAUAAAUGGUUUUGUGUAAAUAGGAUAAUAAUAAUAAUAAUAAUAAGCUUGCAGUUUUGUUGUGAAGACGCUAGUAUGAGUGGUUGUUUGGAUUUUUGUAGAUAUCUUGUCUUGAAUUCUAGUUUGUUUUUUUCAUUGAAUGGAAGUAUUGCAUGUUAUU